AUGGGCAAACACAUCCUCAACUCGCCCAAGACGGCCAUCCUCGACUCGCUCUCCGGCCUGGCGUUCCUCAACCCCGCGACCGAAGUCUACGACACGACCCUCCUUCUCCGUUCUCCCUCGCACGACCGCGUCCACAUCGUCUGCGGCGGCGGAGGAGGCCACGAGCCUGCUCAUGCGGCGUUCGUUGGAGAGGGGAUGUUGAGUGCGGCGGUCAGUGGGCAGGUGUUUGCGAGUCCGAAUGCGGGGCAGGUCGAGAAGGCGAUUGGCAAGCUGAGCAUGUCCAAGGGCGUCUUGCUCGUGGUGAAGAACUACACCGGCGACGUCCUCCAAUUCGGUCUCGCCAAGGAGCGCUGGUCCGCAACACACCUCGAAGAAGACUCGGUCCGCAUGGUGAUCGUCGGUGACGACGUCUCCGUCCCACGCUCGCAGGGCGCUCUCACGGGCCGCCGCGGUCUGACCGGUACUGUCCUAGUCUACAAGCUCGCUGGUGCUCUCGCAGCCCAAGGCGCGAGUCUGGACGAGGUCGAGUUUGUGGCGAAAUCGGUGGCGGAGAGGUGUGGGACUAUUGGGAUGGGGCUGGAGCAUUGUCAUGUGCCCGGGACGGAGAAGGGAGAGGCGUACCUCAAGGAUGACGAGGCCGAGAUUGGGAUGGGAAUUCACAACGAGCCGGGCAUCCGCAAAGUCUCCCCGAUCCCCACCGCCUCCAAACUCGUCGACGAGUUCCUCACGACCCUGACCUCGACCAACUCUGACCCGGAGCGCUCGUACCUCCCCUUCAAGAAUGACGGGCAGGACGAGGUCAUCCUUGUUGUGAACAACCUCGGCGGACUGCCGGAGCUCGAGUUGGGCGUGGUGGUGAAGGAGGCGGCGGAGUGGUUGGCUAACAAAAGGAUCACGGUUAGGCGCGCCGUCUCCGGCGCAUUCAUGACCUCCCUCAACCUCCCCGGCUUCUCCCUCACGCUCCUCCUCCUCCCCCGCACGUCCCUCACACCCCCUCCCUCAACCUCCUCGCACUUCUCACUCGACACCCCCCUCCUGCUCGACCUCUUCGACGCCCCGACUCAGGCGCCUGCAUGGAAGUGGACGUUCAAGGGUGAGCCGGAGAUGAGGGUUUUGAAGGAGGGAGAGGUGGAAAAGGUGGGCAAGAGGGAGGAGAAGGUUGGUGAGGAGGUCAAGGGGCCGAAACCCACCGACCCGAAGCUCUUCCUCGCGGCGCUCGAAUCGGCCCUCCAGUCCGUCAUCUCCGCCGAGCCCGAGAUCACGCGCUACGACACCAUCGCCGGCGACGGCGACGCAGGCUUGACGCUUAAAGCCGGCGCAGAGGGCAUCAUGGACGCCAUCAGCCAGAACAAGAUCCCAUCCGACGAUGUCGUCGCUGCGAUGGUUGCGUGUUCGGCGGUGGUGGAGAAGGAGAUGGGCGGGACGAGUGGAGGGUUGUAUGCGAUUGGGCUGAGCGGGUUGAGUAAGGGUAUGUUGGACGCGGCGAAGGAGAAGGGGAGCGAGACGGCUACACCCGAGGUUUGGGCGCGCGGACUCGAGCUCGCUCUCAACACGCUCUACCGCUACACCCGCGCGCGCCCUCCCUCGCGCACACUCGUCGACCCUCUCUCCUCCUUCAUCCUCACCUUCUCCUCCUCGCCCACCUCCCCGACCGCCCUCUCGCACGCCAUCGCGGCCGCCCACGAAGCAGCCGAAGCCACCCGCGACUUGGACGCCAAGGCUGGACGCGCGGCGUAUGUCGACCAGGAGAAGAUUCGUGAGGCCGGCGUGCCCGAUGCGGGGGCUUGGGGCGUGUGGAAGUUGCUUGAGGGAGUACAGAAGGCUGUUGACCGUGCGUCGAGGGAGUAG